CGAGAGUGAAUUGGGUUAACCGUGUCCGACAUUCCUAUUUAAAUUAACUAGUUGUUCCAUUUUUUCUAUAGAAUAUCUCGUUGUACUCACUGGAGUUUGAAAUUUAUUAAGCCGUGGUAGCGAAUAUCUCGAGAGAACAUUUAUGCUGCCAUAACAACGGGCGGUGUGUUAGGAACAUUGAAAACGGGGAGUAUGCACCCUUCUACCUCAUCUGAUUCUUCAAGUUCCAAUACUCCAAAUCCAAUAAUCAAAUGCAAAGUUUGUUAUCAACCCGCUCAUGGUAAUCAUUUUGGAGUUGAAAUUUGUAGAGCUUGUGCUGCUUUUUUUCGCAGAAUUUUUGUUUCUCACAAACAACAUUUCAAAUGUCUAGAUGGACGGAAAAAAUGUACACCGGAUGCUGCCGGAAGAUGGACAUGCAAAAGAUGUAGGAUAAAUCGAUGUUUUGCACUUGGUAUGAAACCAGACAAUAUCAAACACAAUAGAGAUUCAUUUAUUAGUUCUAAACUACAUAUAGUCUCCAAAUGUUGUUCAGAAAUCAGAGACUCCUUCCUCGCCGGAAACUAAAAGUUUUAUUGAUUUAUCCCCUCUACUCGUAACCAUGGAAACUAUUCUCUCCGAUAAUCGCCGGAAAGAAGUUCCUAUAGAUAAUCAAUCACCUUUAAAAAGACUGUCAUAUGGAUUGAAGGAAAUACGAAAAACUCAGUUAGGGGAAAAAUUUCAAACAGCUGAUUGCAUCGGUAAAAAUGAAUCUUUCAAUAUUUGGAAAAUUUCAAUGGAAAGAGCCAGUACUUGGCUGACUUAUCUUGAUCAAUUUCAAAGUUUGGAAUUUGAUGAAAAGAUAACUAUAACAAGAUGUAUGUGGUUAUUAUUCAGAAGAAUAGAACGAUGUGCAAUGACAGCCGAAUUACGGAGAACAAAAAUGUGUAAGAAGAAUGAAUAUCUUAUAAAAACCGAUACAGUUGUGAAUACUGACAGCGUCAAAUGGGACUUCAAUUGGCUUUCACAUUUUUCUCCGGAUCAACUGAGAACUUUUGUUGGAAAUACAUCUGCAAUACUUUGUGAAAGUGUAACAGAAUGUAUGAUGGAAGUACAGCCAACAGAUGAAGAACUUUGCUAUAUUCUUUGUGUACUAUGCUUCUACCAUAUUGGCAAUAAAAUUGGAGGAUCAAUGCAGAAGACAACGGAGAGGUUAUUGAAUAUUCUAGCCGAUAAUCUACAUGAGUAUUAUGUUGAACAAAAAGAUGCAACUAGAUACUCCUACCGACUGACAAAAAUAUUAAAAAUCAGUCAACAGUACAAAACCCUCAUGGAAGAAAAACGAAGGACGGAAGUUCUUGGGGACGUUUUCGGAGCGUUUCGCGUCAAGUGGUCUCAUUCUGAAAUAUUUCAACACUCUCAUUUCCAAUAA